AUGUUGGAGAAGCGCAGGUGUCAAGGAGCUGUGGGUGGCCUCCAGGAACUGGGGCAGGCCUCCAGAAGAGAGCUCUUGGCUGUCAGCAGAAAACUGAAGUUCUCAGCCUACAAACACAAUGUUACAAAAGAAAGUGGGGCCAGAGAAGAUGCUCACAGCCUAGAUUUCAGGCGAGUCCUUGGGACAGUGACCGAGUGUGGAUUCGUGGCCUUGUGCAGGUCAGCACAGGGCACCGAGCUGAGCUCCGUGCACUACACAGCUGGUUCCACUGGCUGUCUUACACAUGCCAGGGAACGUCGGUCAGUCCCAGUCUCCCAGCACCUCCCACCCACCCCCGGCAUCCUCCACCUGGCCCAUCCUGUCCUCGCCCACAUGUCUGUUCUGUACCAGCUAAACUUUACCAAACAACAUUUUCUUUUUGACUGUUACAUCUCCAGCCCUCAGAACAGUGCCCAGAACAUAGCAGAUCAUCGUGACAAUUCUCCCUUUGAUGGACCUGGUGGAAACCUUGCUCAUGCUUUUCAACCAGGUGCAGGGAUCGGAGGAGAUGCUCAUUUUGAUGAUGAUGAAAGGUGGACCACCGAUUUCCAAAAUUAUAACUUAUAUCGCGUGGCAGCUCAUGAAUUUGGCCAUUCCCUUGGACUUUCUCAUUCUACUGACAUUGGGGCUCUGAUGUACCCCAGUUACAUCUUCAGUGGUGAUGUUCAGCUUUCUCAGGAUGACAUUGAUGGGAUCCAGGCCAUCUAUGGACCUUCCCAAAAUCCCAUUCAGCCAGUUGGCCCAAAAACCCCAGAAGUGUGUGAUAGCAAGCUAACUUUUGAUGCUAUAACUACAAUUCGGGGAGAAAUGAUGUUCUUCAAAGACCGGUUCUACAUGCGCGCAAAUCCCUUCUACCCAGAAGUGGAGCUCAAUUUCAUUUCUGUUUUCUGGCCACAUCUCCCAAAUGGACUUCACGCUGCUUAUGAGGUUGCUGACAGGGACGAGGUCCGGUUUUUCAAAGGUGGAUUCUUCAGUGCUGAGACACAGAGGAUUUCCAGAAUGUUUACAGACUUCCAAUCAUUCUGA